GAAGACAUGGAAGAAGAGGGCGAAAACAGUGAGUUAAUAACAGGGCGAGACAUUUCUUUUUGGUUGGGCUGGCCCAGGUACGAGUGGGCCGGUGGCGGGUUGGUGUGAGUGACUGCAUGUAUUUUUUAUAUAAUAGGUACCAGUACAUCACCUGCGGUUGGGUGCAGACUCAGGUACUACUAAGUUAAAGGUACUACUAAGUUAAAGUUACUUCUCGUAUACUCGGUACUUCGACACACGUACAAUUUACUACUGCAUAAUAAGUACUGCGUACCGUCUAUACCAAUACCAGCUUCGGUCGUCGCCUUCUCCUUCAGGCCAACUUCGUCACUCCUCCACCACCAACAACAACCAAUUCACCAACCAUACAAUAAUUAAUCCACACGACCACAGCUAUCACGACUACAAACUUCUUCUUCUUCUUCAUCAUCAUCAUCAACAACAACAACAACCUCGUCGUCGACCCCUCAUCGUCGACCCAUCAUCAACCAUCGACAGCGACCAUCAUCGACCGACCACCUGCGACACGAGACACCACCCGCUUGUUGACCUACUGCCCUACCAAAAACUACAUAAAAAACUAUACUACUACACACUACGGAGGAGAAGACCAUCUGGCAGGUGCUACGUCAACCCUUUUCGCGCGUAACACCAAAACAAUACAAUACAAUCCCCACAGAACCGGGCAGAACGCACAAUAUCAAUCAUCACGAACACCUUUCAACUGCCGACUUCAAUCCAACCAAAAACGAAUCCACUGACCACAAGUUGUCUCCCUCUCGUGUCGUCCGUUUCAGGCUGGAAUCCACGCAAAAGCUGGUCCCGUUAUAGAUAACAAAAAGUUGAUCAACUUUGCUCCUCAGAUGGACGGCGAGCAUUGGGGAUCAUCACCCGAGGAGACCCAGAAGAGGCGUGAGUUGUUAUAGGAGAGGUAAUCGAUACCACACACACCGGCCCGUUCGGCUUGUAAUUGCCACCGUCGCCGGGUCGAGACCGGAAGACGGCACGUCGAACACACACCACCACCACGCUGGCUGAGCCAAGUGAGGAGGACAGAAUGGAGGAUAAGCCGCUGAGGAAUCCGAGCCAGGUGCCGGAGAUGACACAGGCUACCCCGUCGAGCAUGGCUUCGAAAUCGGCCAAUCCGUUGACGACGACGACAUCACCCACACAGACACGGAAAACCUCGCACUCCCCAGCACCAGGCACGAAGAAACUCAUCAACUCACAACCACCAUCGAAUACAGCAUCACCGAAACCCUCUCGCGAACCGUCACCAGCGAGGCCGACAGUGAGAUCCGCGACGGUUAGGACAGGAAAUGGCCGGAGGAAGAGCAGCCAGGAACCGAGCCCGUCACGGUCGGCUAGUGCUACGGCUGCGAAUAUGCCAUCGAGCGCGGCGGUGCAAAGGGCGCUGUCAACGGCGAAUACACCUCUUCUGAAACCCUUAUCAGACACCGCCAUCGUGGCACCGCAACCACAGAAGAUCACCGUCCCGACAGAACUCAAAGACGCUCCGCGAUGGCCGAUAUCACCACGACUGAAGUCGCCGCCGCCAAUCAACAGACCGACAGGCAUGGCGAGGAAGACUGACCAGGAACUGCCACCGAUCAGCACGCUGCGGUUCCAGACGUCGAAUGAGAGCGCACAGUCGGCGAAUACGGACACGGAUUAUGACGAGUCCUUAGCCAUGUCUGGCAUCCGCAGCCCGGGUCGCGGAGUCAGCACGAGCGCGACAACAUUGGAGACUGUGCCGGAGAGCAGCCAGCCCGGCAGUCCUGGGAUUAGGAUGGGGCUGGAGCGCUCGCAGGAAUGGAAGCAAGGAGGCUUGCCAGAAGAGCAGAUCGCGAUUGAUAAGGCGUUUACUAAGAAUAUGAAGUCGUCACCCGCGGCUGCGACGACUGACAGCGGAAGCGAGAGCGGCGAGAAGAAGGGCGGGAUAAAGCUGAGGCCCACAACAGGCGCGAAUACCACACCGCGGCCGAAUGCUGCGCAGUUGGCCAAGCAGGCUAGUUCCAGCGCUCUGGGAGGUAAAAAAGCAGCAGAAGCCUCUGCGACGAAUAACAUGACGGUAGAGACCGAGACGGUCAGCUCGAUUCCCCAGGUUGCUGUCGGUGGAGGGACAGGCACCGUCAACGGCAGUCUGCGCACGAAGCCCAGCUCCGAGACCAUCCGCCCCAAGAAGGAGAAGCGGAAGACGACGCGCAAACCCCAAUCCGUCCAGAACGGCGUUGCAUCCUCAAAAGCAGAUAUCUUCGAAGCCAAAAUCGCCUCCGCAGUCGACGAAGCAAACUCCUCCGACUCCGAAGAAACAUUCGUCUACGAAUCAAACCCCCCCGACCACGAACGCCCGCGCCGCUUCCACUCCCGCAGCCCCAGCACCACAUCCAUGGCCUCGCAAUCGCAAGCUGAUCUCCGCCCCGGCCCGCCGAGCCGCCUCGCGAAUACACUAGAUGGCUCGAAUGGCCACAGCGUCGCGAUGAAGAAGAGCAUGAAAUUCGCCUCUUCUUUCGCUCCACUCCCGCCUACCUCCGACGCCGCUACAGAUGACGACGCGGCCCAGCGUGCGCUCGGCACAGGGCGUGGAACGAUCCGUCAUCAUCAUAUUGGCCGCUGGGGGAGGAAUAAUAAUACCAGUUCCCACGGCUCACUUUUUGAUGCCGAGUCACCCUUUCCUCACGCCACUAAGCCGUCGAAAUUCGGUAACUCGGCGUCCAUGCGCCAAUCCUCCCGCCCGACGAGCCCGCGCGUUGGCGCUAAUGGGAGGGGGGUGAAUGGGAAUGGCACGGUGCGGAAGGGUGGAUUCGCGCAUGCAUACGAUAUUGAUGAUGGUGCGGGGGCGGAUGAUGAACGAACACCCCUCAUCGGGUCAGGGACACGGUCUACGCGCUCGCGACACCGCAGGAAUCCACCCACGUCUUCUCAACAACGGCAGCGCAAUUCUCGCUCCCCGUUCGGGGCAUGUCUCAUCCUCGGCGUAAUGGCCGUCCUCGUCUUCUCCGGCGCCCUAGCGCUCCUUCUCGGCACCGCGCAGCCGCUCGGCGGGGUAAGGAUCGCGGCGCUGAGGGAUGUAUUGGCGAGUAAAACGGAGCUGUUGCUUGAUGUCGAUGUUGUAGCUAGGAAUCCGAAUGUUUUCGCUGUGGGGGUGGAUAAGCUGGAUAUUAGUGUUUAUGCGAAGAGUCGGUAUGCUGGAGAUGAGGCGAUGUAUGCCCGAGCUGCUGGGGAUGGAGCCGCGCUCAGAUAUGGGGCACGUGGCACUAGUGAAGAAGGGGGCGAGGUGGUGCACACCCGCGACUAUUCGCCGUGGGAUCCGUAUCCGCCUCCUCCAUCUGAUACGCCGCUCCUAUUACUUGGGCGGCUUACGAGUACGGAUACUGCGCUCUCUUUUCCGGCGUCGCCGUUUAGGCACUCGGCGUCCUUGUCUACUGCUGCCCUCCGCCUACCCGAUCCUGGAAAUUCCACAGAGGGACGCGCAAAGUGGGAGCACAUACUUAAGGGGGGACAUAACUGGGAACUUAUCCUGCAAGGUGUGGUUGAGUACCGGAUUGGGUGGUUCGGAGGGUCGGGGGCGGGGAGGAAGAAGGUAGUUCCUAUUGGGGGGGGUGUGGAAGUUGGAGGGGGGGGGGAAGACGGCGUGGUUUUUCUGCGGUGAAGGGGGAUGGCGCUGAUGUGGAUGGCGCUGGUGCGCUUCACAUAUAUAUACUUACUACUACUACUCUUUUCUUUUGUUUCUCGACCAAACCAACGACGACGAAAAACGACUUUGAUGACGGGGGACGGACAAACAACGACCCCCUUGGGCAUUUUUUAGAUUGGGAGCGGAGUGGCGCGGGUGGGGACUCUUUUUUUUUAUUGAUUGAUGGGAUUUAGUGUUUUGUUGUUUUUCUAGUCGGGGUGAUGGGGGGUUUGGAGCUUGUUUUGUUUGUUUUUGAUGAGUGUGAGGAUGGGGGUUGUUGGGGGGAUGAUAUUAUUAAACUACUUUUUUUUCCUUGCGUCAUGGUGUGGUUGAGGAGAAAGCAGGGCGAUACUGCGAGUUGUAGUUGGCGGGAGAGGUUGAGGGUAGG